AUGACUGUUUCUCCGGUUCCUUCGCCCAAGGGUCGUGUCCUCAUUGCCGGAGCAACCGGUUUCAUUGGUCAGUUCGUGGCCGCAGCAAGCCUGGAUGCCCAUCGACCCACCUAUAUUCUCGCACGUCCAGGCCCCAGAAGUCCUUCUAAGGCCAACAUCUUCAAGGCCCUCGAGGACAAAGGCGCCAUCAUCGUAUACGGGUUGAUAAACGAGCAGGAGGCUAUGGAGAAGAUACUAAAAGAACAUGAGAUAGACAUAGUAGUAUCAACCGUGGGCGGAGAGAGCAUAUUGGAUCAAAUCGCCCUAGUGAAAGCCAUGAAGGCUGUUGGAACCAUUAAGAGAUUUUUGCCGUCUGAAUUCGGGCACGAUGUGAACAGAGCUGAUCCAGUUGAGCCAGGGCUCAACAUGUACAGAGAGAAGCGUAGGGUCCGACAAUUAGUGGAGGAAUCGGGCAUACCCUUCACUUACAUCUGCUGCAACUCAAUUGCUUCUUGGCCAUACUACAAUAACAUUCACCCUUCUGAGGUUCUUCCUCCAACGGAUUUCUUCCAGAUUUACGGUGAUGGCAAUGUCAAAGCUUACUUUGUUGCAGGCACAGACAUCGGAAAAUUCACGAUGAAAACAGUGGACGAUGUCCGAACACUGAACAAAUCAGUGCAUUUCCGGCCAUCUUGCAAUUGUCUCAAUAUAAAUGAACUCGCAUCUGUGUGGGAAAAGAAGAUUGGGAGGACACUUCCCAGAGUAACCGUCACUGAAGAUGAUCUACUAGCUGCAGCCGGAGAAAACAUCAUCCCACAGAGUGUGGUAGCGGCGUUCACGCACGACAUUUUCAUAAAGGGGUGUCAGGUGAAUUUCUCUAUUGAUGGCCCGGAGGACGUGGAAGUGACCACCCUCUACCCUGAGGAUUCUUUCAGGACGGUGGAGGAAUGCUUCGGCGAAUACAUUGUGAAGAUAGAGGAAAAGCAGCCGACCGCCGAUUCUGCUAUUGCCAACACCGGUCCUGUGGUUGGGAUGCGGCAAGUCACUGCAACCUGCGCUUGAUCACAUGCAUGCGAUUAGUCCUCC